AUGACUGCAUUAACACCGAUUGCUUAUUGUUAUUAUGUUGAACUAGGUUUAAGAGUUCCAGCUAUCGCUGCACCUGUGUCUAAUGAAUUCACCGUGACAUAUUGUUUUUUUGAGUUUAUGUCAGUAAGGUUGAUUCCAAUGAUUGUUGUGAAUGGAAGAGGAGGGAAAUCCACAUCUGAGUGGGAUUCUUCUGAUCUUGCUGGCAUAGCCACGCAACCAGCAAAUCAAACCCUGGAUGUAAAGGCAACAAAAAAGAAAUUUGGGAAAACCUAA